CACACUGUUUCUGUCUGUCACUCACUCACUCACUCACUCUAUAUACAAAAUAAGAAAGUGAAGACAAAAUUGGUUCUGAAUCAUUCUCUGUUGAAUUUGCUGUUUUUCACAUUUUGAUUUCGAAACGACUUUAUUGAUUGAAAAAAAAAAAAAAAAAAAAAAAAAAAUUCAGAAUAAUGGUGAAAAUCAAUGAUUGCUGCCAAAAUUGUGGCAAAUCUGGUUCUCAGCUCCGAAAUUGCAAGCGCUGUAAAGUUGUCUUUUAUUGUUCUGACAUCUGUGAAAUGGAAGACCGUGAUGAACAUAGCAGAGUGUGCUCUGUAGAGAAAGUAGCUUCUGCUAAUGCUGACUUUGAUGAGCAAAAUAUUAAAUCUAAGAAGGACAAACAAACUGGAGAUGCUAAGAAAGAUAACGAUGGUGCUGGUAAUAACAGGAAUGAUUACAAUAACGUGCCUUCUUUCUCAUCUAUGGAAGCCUAUAAUGAUAUGGGUCACCUCUCUAAUCCCUAUGGUUUUGUUGCUGGUGCCACUACACGGUUUAAUCAUCCAUUCCAAUGUCCUUGUUGCGGGGGUUUAAAAUUCAACCCAGUAUUUUGCAAAAGAUGCAGGUUUACCAGUUAUUGUUCUGAACAAUGUCUGUUGAGAGAUUUCUUUACUCACUGUCUGGAAUGCAUCCCAUGUGAUAAACGUGAAUGUGCUCGAUGUUCAAGAUCCAAUGUAGAAUUAACAAAAUGUUCAGGCUGCAAUACUGUAGAAUACUGUUCCAAACUUUGUGAAAAUGCUGCCUGGGAACAUCACAAGCUUUCAUGCAAGACUUCAAAGACUAAAGGUGAUGAAAAUUCCAGUAAAAUAUCAAUCAAAGGUCAGUGUGCCAGAUGUAAAAAGUCAGAUGCAGUGUUGAAAAAAUGUUCUGGCUGCAACAUUGUAGAAUAUUGUUCAAGAGCUUGUCAAAGUGUUGACUGGACAGAUCACAAGACUUCAUGUAAAAGAUCAGUAAAAAGUCAAUGUGCCAGGUGUAAAAAGUCAGGUGCAGAGUUGAAAAAAUGUUCUGGCUGCAACAGUGUAGAAUAUUGUUCAAGAAUUUGUCGAACAACUGACUGGGAACAACACAAGACUUCAUGUAAAAGAUCAGUUAAAGGUCAAUGUGCCAGGUGUAAAAAGUCAGGUGUAGCACUGAAAAGAUGUGUUGCUUGCAACAAUGUGGAAUAUUGUUCCAAAGUUUGUCAAACAGCUGACUGGGAACAUCACAAGAAUUCAUGCAAAACUGCUAAUACUGAGGAUGGUGAAAGUUCCAGUAAAAUACCAGUCAAAGGUCAAUGUGGCAAAUGUAAAAGAUCAAAUGUAAAGUUAAUAAAAUGUCCAGCCUGCGACAAUAGAGAAUAUUGUUCCCAAGUUUGUCAAAUAGCUGACUGGACAGAUCACAGGAAAUCAUGCCAGAUUUCAGAGUCUAAAGGUGAAUGUGCCAAUUGUUCCAGGUCAAUGAGAAAAUGUUCAGGCUGUAACAGUGUAGAAUAUUGUUCUAAAGAAUGUGAAAGUGCUCAUUGGAAACAUCACAAGACUUCGUGCAAGCCUUCAAAAGCAGAAGCUGAUGACUCUUCCCCCAGUGAAAAAUCAGUUAAAAGUAAAUGUGCCAGUGUAAAAAGUCAGAUGUAGCAUUGAAAAAAUGUUUUCAAUGCAACAAUGUAGAAUAUUGUUCUGAAGUUUGUC